AUGCAAGGUCAACAGCACGAUAGCAGUGAGGCGGCUGUUCAAGAGGCGUCGCACUUCAGUAAUGUUAGCAGUAGUUCCAGGCCAAUCAACCCUGAAGGACCUCUGGGUGUCCUCACCUCUAGAAACUCCUUUUCUCAAGGCAACCUUGAGAACCGAUAUUGCAAUAGUGAUACCAAAUAUGAAGAAAAGGAAUUUCCUGUGCUAAAGGCGCGGCAUCGACCUCUUACGCUUAAGAGGAAAUCUUCAUCCGAAGAUGGCCGAGUCAGAGCCAAGCGGCGCAUGCCAGAAGUUUCCAUGUCACCCUCAAGUCCAUUUGACACACUCAAAGUAACAAAACUGAGUGUGUCGAAGUAUGAUAUAGCAAAAAAGGACGUAACAAACCAUUACGUUGCGCAAGCUACUAUGGGUAGUCCAUUGAAACAAUCCCGACAUCUCCUGCAGGCAACAAUAAUGGACCACCUCAUACCUUGCCAAACAUACGACGAGAUGGAUAAUACAAGUAUGUAUGCUCCUGGAAGCCUAUACGACGCUGGUCGUAUCACAAAAGUGCCAAAUAUCCAAACUCACGACAACGUCCUUCGGGUUAUGCAUGCUGAUGACCCUGCUGGGAUCGAUCUUGAUGGCAAUGAUAACUUAGGCCGUCCGGCAUUGGGCUCCCUCACUGGGCUGAGUUAUAAUGCAGUAUCUUUAAUUUAUGAUAGCGAUGACUACGGUUUUUAUGAAGAACCGACGAACGAUAUGGUGCGGAUCGCGGACGAAGUGCUUAUAGUUUCCCAGGAUGGCAUCCCACCAUCAAGCAUCGCAGAUCGACGGGAUCAUGACUCGAGAUCGGCAGAAGAGUAUGAUCCAAAUCUACAUUGUUCUUCACAGGAGGCAUCUUCGUCGGAAUUGCACGCUUCGUGCCAUACUAGAUCUACCAAUCAGCCAAAAGCAGCACCAGAAGACCUUCUGGACAACGAUGUUGAUUGGGACGCCGUGUACUUACUUACUAAAUCCAUGGCAAAGGAUCCUUCGCUUGUUGGCUCAGGCGAGAUUACAGCGCCUCAGUUCCUUUCUGCAUUUCCUCAUACCGCCAUUUACUGCUAUCAGCACCACCAGGAUGUUAUGUUUGAGCUAUACGCCAGGGUCACCUACUCCAGCCGCGAGUCACUAGCGCGAAAGCAGCACUUUCAGUUUGCGGACCUAUUCAAGGAUCAACAACCAUAUCUAUCAGGAGUUUUUACACAAUGGAGGGUUGGCAGUCUUGCAGAUCGGCAAAGCCACAUUUUUGUCAAUGGUCAUAUGCCAAAAUUGAGCUGGUGCAUGUGCCGCUUAAGAAGGGACCAGAAAGCCUCGACUGGUUGGCUCAUUGAGAUACUGAGGAUUAGGGAGACAACGUGGGAGCAGACCAAGUAUGCUAAGGAAAUUCUCGGUGAAACAGAAAACGAGAUAGAAAAUCUACGGGAGCCGAGGUGA